AUGAAGAUCUUUUCCAAUUCGUGUGAAUUUUACUAUCCUUGGGAACAAGUCACAGCAGCCAACUGGCGCAAAUAUCCAAAUGAAAUGUCUACUCAUGUUGUUGCAGUUGAUGUUUUAAGAAGAGAAUUGGAUCCAACUUGUAAAAUUUUAACAACUGAAAGAUUAAUAACAUGUAAACAAUCCAUUCCAAGCUGGUUAUUGUGUAUGGUUGGUGGUAAAGAAGUCAGUUAUGUUCGUGAAGUUUCCACUGUUGAUAUGAAUACAAAGACUUUAACUUUAAGAAGUAUAAAUUUAACUUUGAACAAUUUAUUAAAAGUUUAUGAAACUGUUACUUAUAAACCAGAUCAAACUGAUCCUUUCAAGACUUGUUUCAAUCAAGAGGCUCAAAUCACAGCAUAUGCUACAUUCCAAAGAAUAUGUAACAAGAUUGAAGAUUGGAGUGUUGAAAGAUUUGGUGAAAAUGCUAAAAAGGGGAAAAUCGGAUUUGAUUCAGUUUUAAAGAUCUUCAAUGAACAAUGGGAAAGAAGAGAUGAACUUGUUGAUGAAAUAUCUGAUAAAGUUGUUAAAACUUAUGAUGAUUUAAAAAUUGAAAUUGUUAAAGAAACUGACAAGAUUUUAAAUGAAGCUGAACAUGUUAAAAAAUCUAUUUUGAUUGAAUACUAUGAUAUUAUCAAGAAGGCAUUCAAAAGAGAUCAAUGAAUGAUUAGGACGUAACAAUUUUGGCAUUUUGAUUAGUUUGCAUUUGGGAGGAAAAGCAUUAAAUGUUGUUUUAUAUUGGUUUUUUAUUUGAUUUUUGAUACACUUGUUUUUUUUACAUCAUAGCCGGUUGCAUUUUGCAUUUUUGUUUAGGGGAUCUUCACGGUGGUUUAUUUCAUACAACAUAUCUUAUAUAUAGGCAUUUGGAAACGAUAUCAUGAUUGAUUAUGUCUUUGUAGUUGACUUCCUAAAAGAGCCUUAAGUCCAGUAUCUAAUCUGUCAUUUACUCCGGCUUUUGUUAAUCGCGAUUUUUUUUU